AUGGCGACCAGCGCCGUCCUGAGCGACAACCUGCCCACGUACAAGCUGGUGGUGGUGGGCGACGGGGGCGUGGGGAAGAGCGCGCUCACCAUCCAGUUCUUCCAGAAGAUAUUCGUCCCGGAUUAUGAUCCCACCAUAGAGGAUUCCUACCUGAAGCACACGGAGAUAGACGGGCAGUGGGCUAUCCUGGACGUGCUGGACACGGCAGGGCAAGAGGAGUUCAGUGCCAUGCGGGAGCAGUACAUGCGCACCGGCGACGGAUUCCUCAUCGUCUACUCGGUCACAGACAAGGCGAGCUUCGAACACGUCGAUCGCUUUCAUCAACUCAUCCUCAGGGUCAAGGACAGAGAAUCUUUCCCGAUGAUUUUGGUCGCGAACAAAGUUGAUCUGAUGCACUUACGAAAGAUUUCCAGUGAACAGGGGAAGGAGAUGGCGGUAAAACACAACAUUCCUUAUAUUGAAACCAGCGCCAAGGAUCCGCCUCAGAAUGUGGACAAAGCCUUCCAUGACCUCGUCCGGGUGAUCAGGCAGCAGCUUCCAGAGAAAAGUCAGAAGCGGAAGAGGAACACCAAGUGGCGCGGGGACCGCGGGACGGGGGCGCACAGGUCGUUCUGCGUGGUUUUGUGACAUCGGAUGCAUUGAUGGCAACUGCCGAGCAUGACCACUGCCCGUCCUGUACCCGCAGCGACCCCCGGCCUGGGGGCCGCAUCAUCUGGGCUGGACCCGCCACGUCUGUGCAGGUUACCGCGCACGUUCAGCGAUACGGUUGGCGACUGUUUCCCCACAAGAUGGCAGAGAAUGAGACGACAUCGCCCCUCCCCCUCCCCUCUUCUUGGAGUAUAGAUGUAUUUAUUCCUGUAUAAUGUGGUAUUUUUUUUUAUUUUUUUACAUUUUAUUAUUUUUUUGCAGGAAUAAAAUGUUUAGUUUUUUUUUUUUUACAUUGUAAGAAGGAAGGGAUCGGAGCUGAGGUCACGUUAUUAACCACUGCACUGCCAGGGAGCAUAAUGUGCUGGUCUUAAAGGGCCGGAACACAGACUAAUGGAUUUAUGCUGCACUUUUUGGUACUUCACCUGCUGCGGUACAUACAAAGUGUCAGACGGACUUCAGCAUGGUACAAGGUUACCCACUCCCACCACGACGCCUCCGCCCCCUCCGGUGCCACGUUACAAGGUCCCAGCCACGAUUCAGAACUUUUCUCCUCGGGGAUCUGGACCAUUUGUUUUCGGAUCUUUUUUACCUGUGUUUUCCGAUCAGCCAUGACGCACUUUUCUUCUACAAACCGCAGGAUCCCGAGACUCUCUCUGGUGCUGACCCAAACCUCCUGCAAGCCAUAGGGCGACCUAAAGGGUUAACAGCCCAUCUGAAAUGAAUGAGUUUUCGGGAGGGAGAAUACAUUCCAGCUGGCGGGGAACCCCAGACAAUGUGUCAACCCCUGGACGGGGGCCAAACGGGGGCCAGAAGGAAUGAGAAAGGCCUUUUCUUCCCCAGUGUUUUACUUUGUGAGGAACUUGUCAAGUAGCGAAAUAGACAGAAUCCGCCGCGAGUUACCAGACGGUGGGAAAAAAACCGCCACAAAUGUAUUUCCACCGAGUUGUUUCAUUUUUGUUUUCCUUGUGAAUGUAUUAACUUAUUUCUAGGGGAAUAAAAACAGUAGAAACGUCA